CUAGCAUUGCGUUAGUAUUAAGCAACAACAAUCGCCGCAAAAGUCGCAGCACCCGUUUAAUUUAGCUAAUGCUUUGCUUUUAAAUUUAAACAAAUACAUUUGUUCAUACAGUUUAAGCUCGUAACGCCGUGUAACAAAGCCAGUGUACUAAUGUCCAUAACCUUACUGCGAGGUGGCAAGCAAAAGACAACCACUUGCGUAGGAAUGACCGUAAUGGCCAAAACUACAAUUGAAGAAAUAUGCGAGAAUGCCAAAUUAGCGAGAGACAUGGCCCUGACAGGCAACUACGACUCGGCCUGCAUAUACUACGAGGGAUUGCAGGGCAUGCUGGCACGCCUGCUUAAGAGCACUGUAGAUCCCAUGCGCAAGGGCAAAUGGAACAUGAUCAACCAGCAAAUCAAUCAGGAGCAUGCUAAAGUAAAGGCCAUACAACGCACACUGCAGGACAUUUCGUUGGAUUUGCAAAACACAAAAUUUGCCCAUAAGCUGCGCUCGCAGCUAAGCGAAGAUAGCAAUGUGAAUAAAGAUCCCGCUGCAUGGUUUAAGCCCGACCCUGACAUAUGGACGCCGCCACCGAAAGAUCCAGAUGUAUGGGGCCCGCCCAAACCACCGCCGCCCGUUCAGACGGUGGGUCGGCGCGCAACAGCAACAAAUAGCCGCCGUACGACAGCAGCCGGCACGCAGAGCAGCGGCAGACCCAGCACAAUCCCACAAAUCACUGCCCGUAAUGGUCCUGGAACUGCGCGCAAUAGUCGCCCGUCGGCCUCCACAUCGAACAGUGCACGUGGCGGCAUCAACGGCCGCGUGACCGGACGUAAAUUGUCCACCUCAAACAGCGCCAGCAACAACAAUAACAACGACAACAAAGAUGAUGAAGCGACAACAGCGGUCAUCAAUGGCUCCACAGCCGAUGGCGAUGCGGGCGAGCAGCAGGCAGCCGAUGAGGAGCGCAAAUUUCAACCCAACAAUCACAUCGAAGCAGAGCUGGUCGACAUAUUGGAACGUGAUAUACUCCAAAAAGAUCCCAAGGUGCGCUGGAGCGAUAUUGCUGAUCUGCAGGAUGCCAAGCGACUGUUGGAGGAGGCCGUUGUGUUGCCUAUGCUGAUGCCCGACUACUUCAAGGGCAUACGACGUCCGUGGAAGGGCGUCUUAAUGGUUGGCCCGCCUGGCACGGGCAAAACAAUGCUGGCCAAAGCGGUGGCCACCGAAUGUGGCACCACUUUCUUCAACGUCAGCUCCGCCACUCUGACCUCGAAGUAUCGUGGCGAAUCUGAGAAAAUGGUUCGUCUUCUGUUCGAGAUGGCGCGUUUUUAUGCGCCCAGCACAAUUUUCAUAGAUGAGAUUGAUUCUCUGUGCUCGCGACGUGGCUCUGAGUCGGAGCACGAGGCAUCGCGACGCGUCAAAUCGGAGCUCUUGGUGCAAAUGGAUGGUGUGGGCGGCGGUGAGGAGCAGGCAAAAGUUGUCAUGGUGCUGGCAGCCACCAAUUUUCCAUGGGAUAUUGACGAGGCGCUGCGAAGGCGUCUGGAGAAGCGCAUCUACAUACCACUACCCACGGACGAGGGCCGUGAGGCGUUGCUAAAGAUUAAUUUGCGCGAGGUGAAGGUUGACGAUACCGUCGAUCUGAACUAUGUGGCCAAUCAGCUGGACGGUUACUCCGGCGCAGACAUAACCAAUGUGUGCAGGGAGGCCAGCAUGAUGUCCAUGCGGCGUAAGAUAGCCGGUUUGACGCCGGAACAAAUCCGACAGCUGGCCACCGAGGAGGUGGAUCUGCCCGUGUCGAAUAAGGAUUUCGACGAAGCCAUCAGUCGCUGUAAUAAGAGUGUGUCCAGAGCCGAUCUGGACAAGUAUGAGAAGUGGAUGAGGGAAUUCGGUUCGUCAUGAUAGCGUUACUCGCUGAUUUCAACAAACUUAGGCAUCUAUUUAUAUAUAUAAAUAUUUUUUGAUAACAACCAAUACACACGGAUAGUUUUAACAAAAGCUUUUAAAGUGUAAACCGGCCGGACAAAUGUUGAACAUAUUUUAUAUAUAACAUUUUGCACAUAUAUGUAUAUAUAUGAUAUAUGCAUAUGUACACGAAGCGUUGGAAUUCAAAAGACUAACAGUUCUUAAAGAGGAAAUAUAAACAAAAAAUAACAAAAAAAAAAGAA